AACAUGGCGGAUGAUGGAGAGUCGCUGGAGUCCUGGCUCAACAGAGCCACCAACCCGUCCAACAGACAGGAAGACUGGGAGUUCAUAAUGGGAUUCUGUGACCAAAUCAAUAAGGAGCUGGAAGGCCCACAAAUAUCCGUUCGACUGUUGGCUCACAAGAUCCAGUCCCCUCAGGAGUGGGAGGCGAUACAAGCGUUAACGGCCCUGGAGGCUUGUAUGAAGAACUGCGGGCAAAGGUUCCACAACGAAGUCGGGAAAUUUAGGUUUUUAAAUGAAUUAAUCAAGGUGGUUUCCCCCAAGUACCUGGGAGAAAAAGUGUCGGAGAAGGUGAAGUUGAAAGUGAUCGAGAUGCUGUACAGUUGGACUGUGUCUCUGCCAGAUGAAGCAAAGAUCGCUGAAGCUUAUCAGAUGCUCAAGUCUCAGGGUAUUGUUUCAGCUGAUCCAGAAAUAUCUCUCGAUGCCACUUUAAUACCGUCAGCGUCUCCGCGACCCAAGAAUCCUGUGUUUGAUGACGAGAAGAAGAGCAAGAGAUUAUCAGAUCUGCUCAAGAGCAAGAAGCCAGAAGAUCUGCAAGAGGCCAAUCGGCUGAUCAAGAACAUGGUCAAGGAGGACGAAGUGAGAACACAGAAAGUGACCAAACAAAAAGGCACACUGGAGGCAGUCAACAACAGUGUCAAACUCCUUAGUGAGAUGCUCGCACACUUCAGCCCACAAGAGUCCACGGACGAAGACAAGGAGCUUAUCAGGGAGCUGUAUGGUGAUUGUGACAAGCUCAGGCAAACUGUGUCUCAACUCGCCACUGAGACCGAGGACAAUGAAAGCAGCUUGGGAGACAUCCUGCAGGCCAGUGAUGACCUGUCCCAUGUCAUUAACUCCUACAAGAAGAUUGUGAAAGGACAGACUCUCAACGGAGAGAGUGAAGAAGCACAACAACCACGGACAUCAGUCCAACAAGGCACUAGCAGUACGAACCAGUCAGAGGUCCUGAUUGACCUGGUGGGUCUGGAUUUCAACAGCCCUUCACCGCCAGAGAAACAACCUCCGACCUCUUCUCUGUCUUUUCCCGAUGACCUGCUCUGUGGGUCUGCUGCUGCUGAGCCUCUGUCCCCGAGCCCCAGUGCACCCUCUGCUGCUCUUUGUCUGCUGGAUGAAGAGCUGCUAUCCUUAGGCCUCAAUGAACCUGCCUCUGAUCCCAGUCAGGAUGUGCAUCUCUUUGACACAACUUCGCCCUCUGGUCCUCCGUUAUCUACAUAUUCACUUUUUCCAGAUGGCUUCUCUGCAGCUGCAGCCCCAUUUAACCCUACUACGUUUUCUACAACUGCCUCAACGUUAAGCUUCCCUAGCCCUGUCUUGCCGACUCCUCCGGUUUUUACCGAAUCUUUCUCAACGACACAGGUCUUAUUCCCGCAGCCCCUCAGUUCAGGAUUGACCACCUUAGCCCAGACUCAGUCAUUCAACAUGGCCUUGCCUGCCGCCUCAGCCCCCCACGUCAUUCCGCAGCAGUUCUCCACUUCACUCAGUGACUCUUCUUCGACCUUCGUCAAUAACAACCUGCAAGACCUGGCCUUGCUGGAUCUGGGGAGUCCAAAAAAUACACCUGGUAUGAUGGACUUUGGCAGCUCACUGGUGAAGAGUGAGGAUCUGUGCGCUCCUGCUCCUCUGUCUUUCAGUGCUGGUGUCUCCUCCACAACAUCUGCCUUUCCACCCGCCAGGAGUCAGGCAGAUGACAGCCCCUUGUUACGGUCUCUGUCCCCCAUCCUCCCUCUGAGCCAGGCCAGUCCAGGCCGGGGACAGGAAGUGUCCCUGGCCAAUGUCUUUGUCCCCUUGGAUGCCAUCAAACCAAGUAAAGUGUGUCCUGUGACAGCCUAUGACAAAAACGGUGUACGUGUCCUGCUGCACUUUGCUAUUGAUUGUCCACCAGGCAGGCCGGAUGUACUGGUGGUAGUGUCGUCCAUGCUUAACACAGCGCCACAGUCUGUCAGGAAUGUUGUCCUGCAAGCCGCUGUACCCAAGACAAUGAAAGUGAGACUGCAGUCGCCUUCAGGGACCGAGCUGGCUCCUUUUAAUCCAAUCUUUCCCCCUGCUGCCAUUACUCAGGUCAUGUUGCUCGCCAAUCCUCUCAAGGAGAAGGUUCGGAUGAGAUACAAGCUGACGUUCACAUUGGGAGAGCAGCUGCUCACAGAGGUCGGGGAGGUGAAUGAUUUCCCUCCUGCUGACCGAUGGGGCGCUCUAUAGCCCCCUGCCCUCUGCUGUAGGAUGACCAGACGCUACAAGACUCAAUUAAUGAAUGACUGUAUUAGUGCAGCUCAGAAGUUAAAAGAAAGGGUUGUAUCAGACGUUUUAUGGGAACAUUUGAAGUGAUUUUUUUUUUAUAUUUGAAGAACAUAGUCUAAACUUUGAUUGAACUUGAAGGACUUUUUUUGCUUGAGAUGUUCCCACUGAAGUAGCCAAAGUCCUGUAGCAUACAUCCAAUGUAAGUGUUGCUUUAGUGCCAGCGGUAAUACACAUGGUGCAAUAGCUAACAGUGUGAACUGGCUGAUUACAUGGAUUAUGCAUGGGAAAAUAUUGCUACGUGAGUAUUAAGUUGUUACUGUUGUAAUAUCCUUUUUGGUCUUAUUUUAAUGUUGACUCCUGCCCCUCGGCCAUAUCCGAACUGAUGGAGAAUACUUGCACUUUUGGAUGCCAGACAGUCUUAAUAUAGAGCGUAAACUCACGUUGAAGGAGAGUGCAAAGCCAGAGUCACAUGAAUGUGGGAUUGCGACCUGCAUUUCAAAUGAUUGGCUGCUGACAAUGUAGAACAACAAUGUUUUACGCUGAAGACAUCGGACUAGAGCGGACUAGAUCCUCUCUUUUGCUAAAUAAAAGGCAUAGAUUGGCUCAUUAGAAAUCAGUUAAUCUCAAAUCACUGCUUCCAGUGUGUCUCACGGUUACUACUGAAUACUCUGACUUGUCUUCUGACUUCUAUGCUAUAAAUCAUAGCUCGGAAUUUGGUUUCCUUUUUUGUCUCAGUAUUUAUUGUUAUAAAUGUAUUGUUAUUUUAUUUUGUAGAGGAUGGUUUGAGUUCUGACUGUAUGAUACUGCAGUUGUCGCCUGGCAGGUACAACAUGAGCUGAUGAUUAAACCCUUACUGUUUGAACCUUA